AUGAAAUCAAAAUGGACAAUUCUUAAUUCAUUUUAAUGAACAUUGCAGCAGUUACCAAAUGACAACGAUCCAGUCAAUUCCCUUGUGGACAAAAUUGAGUCUUGUCCUACCUUUUUUUUUCUUGUUCACGAAGCUGUUUCAUUUGGAUAUGUCACAAUAGGGGAGAAAAGACCCCAAUUUCCAUUUCAUGACAUAUGAGUUUAUUUGCAUAAGUAUGGUUUGUGCCAACCCCCCAAAAAUGUUGUGCAGUGAGUUAUUAGAAAACAACAAACCAGCUGAGAUGUGUGAUCAGGGUGUGGAGGACGUGUUUGUGUUCUGUACCAGAGGAGAGCUGGUGCGCUACAGGGUGCCCUGUCUGUUAGAUGUUUAUUCUCAGAAUGGACUCAGAGUGCACCACCUCCCCUUCCCGGACGGGGGCGCCCCAGAGCUUCCGCAAUGCAGCUACAUUCUGGAAGAACUGCAGGACUGCCUGCAGAAUCAGCGCAGGACUGUCAUACAUUGUUAUGGAGGCCUGGGACGCUCAGGGUUAAUUGCUGCAUGUUUGCUGCUGCAGCUCUCUGUCUCCAUGACACCCAGUGCUGCUCUGGAGAUCCUGAGGGAGCUAAGAGGAGGUGGAGCCAUUCAGACUGUCAAGCAAUACAACUUCCUUCAUGAGUUUCGGGAAAAGUUUGUAGCAUAUCAAGAAACCAAAGAGCGACUUUCAGAGAGAUCAGUGUCCCGAUGAAAAAAGACAAAUUACUUUGGUGUUUUUGCUCUGUGGAUUUUCUCUACUUUGAUUAUGAAUGCAUUUGUUUCUUUUCUGAUGGCACUUUAAAAAUUCUGUAUUUUUAAGUCAAUCUAAUAAUAUUGUGCUUAAUAUAUAACUUUAACUUUGCAAUUAAAUGGGUCUUGUUCAGUAAGUGAGUCUUAAAGGUGCAGCAAGUGAUUUCUGAGACACGCUGUUGAAAAUUGUAAUCAACACCCAAACAAACUAUUUUGUGAAUAUUUUCUAUCUGUUUUUUCUAUGUAUGUUGAAACAAAUUGUUUGUGUAGAGUCCUGGCUGUGUAAAUAAGGGAGAAACGUGGAUCAGACCGAGCACCAUAACACUCUUGUAGCCAAGACGUUUACACUCAUGAUGGGGAGGAGAGAGCCUGAGCAAGCAGGAGAUUUGUCUAGACUGUAGAAAGAGAGAUGGCUGAUGCAUUACCAAGAGAAAAAUGUCACAAGAAUAUCUUUAAAAGAAGGCUUACAAUCAGGCAAACUCUAGGACCUGCGUUAAUAUGGGGAAAGCUUUCGGCGCCGAGAUUGCUGUUUCCUCUCGGUAACAUUGGUUUUACUAUAUUUCACAAAACCAAGACAUGCUGCUGCAAUAUUAUCUAUAGCGCUGCUGGUGCUUGGCUAUUACAAAAAUCAUUUCAUAAUUGGCUAUUACAGCUAUGAUGAAAACAUCCGGUUCGGCACUGUCUUGAUAAACCAUCUAUUAUAGUUGUAUGUGUUGUUGCAUGGCGUGUUCAUGAAUUUUUGUCUUUUUCAGACAGUGUUUCUUAGAAAUCGGUUAGCUCCUAAAAAUGAUAUGUCUGCAUUAUAUCGUGCAUUGUCUGCAUUAAUCCUGCACAGUCGAUCAAAUUGAGAGAAAUGUUUAUUUUUGUGUCUGGGAAACCAUAUGUUGCUUAUGUGAGUAAUGGUGAUUUGGAUGGUGGAUUAAGUUGUUAGCAAUCAUUCCUGGCAAUUUUCUUUUCAAAGUGGUCAUUAGUAAGGAAAUGUAUAAAGUUUGCAACAAUUACGUUACCUAUGAAAUGAACCAAACCUUUGAUUUAAACAGAAACACAAAUAGUCAUACAAUCAAAACAGCUCAAAUGCUGUCGUGAAUGAUGAAAAAUAUUUUUUCAUAUACUUCAUAUUUGCCACAUGAUAAUACUUUUUGAUAAACUAUGACUAAUAUCCAGAAGGAAGCCUAUGGGCGGGACUUCCGGUACAACAGCGUGCAGUAAACGGUGAAACUGUUUGUAGUACAAACCAGUGUGUUAAAAUAACGCAUUACAAUAAUAUGCUAAGACACCAAUCUGCAAUGUCAAGCAACAAAGGCAGAUGAGACCUGA